UCCAUUGAACAACUCGAAUCUAAGCAAACAUUAUAAUCAUUACAUGCAAACACCUUCAAUAUAUCGUCCACACGCGACUCGAUAUCAGCCAACUAUGGUACAUGAUUUCCAUCAACUGCUAGGAGAUAAUAAACAAAAAUUGGGAGAAUCUUCUGAUGAUGACACAAACAAUAAUGAUAGUGACAGCUUGUAA